UAUACAACCAACGAGUUCACUGAACUCACUCUUCCUUAUCGACCACACAUUUAGACACGUUUAGAGGUUAUGUUGAGCGUCGCGCUGUCAGUUCGGUUGUGUUUUCGUUCGGUUCUGAAAAAAUAAUGAAUGUUACGAUUGAAAAAACUAAAUACGAGUGCGCAUCAAUACCGAAACGAUGGCAACAACCGCAACAGCGUGGACCAAGUGUUGGGGCCGGCGAAGAUGUGCAUCGAAAAACAGGAAUUUCUAUCGGAAAAGUAGAUGUUAUGUACUACAAUAGAUCGGUGAGAAACGACGCUUCUUUAGUGCCCCCGAUUCGACAAACCGCCUCAAUUUUUAAACAACCCGUAACCGUACAUAAAACGCAAGAAAGUAAAGUGAAAACCGAUAUUAAACAUGGUGUUCAAGAGAAGCCGAAGCAGUUGAUGUGGGAGAAACGAUUGGAAGGGUUAAGAGCUUGUGAUUGCGAUGGAACCGAGUACGAAGGAAUGGAACUCCCGAAAGGAAUUAAACCGGUGGGGCCACACGUAAUGGAGGAAACUAUUAUUCAAAGUGUCGCGACUGCUUUACAUGUUUCAAGUCAACCUGUUACUGGACAAAUGGGGUCUAAAACGUCGUUAGAUAAGAAUCCGGGUGUCUUUUUGGACCCUAAACAGCCUUUAGUGCAAGCUGUAAACAUUUCUGAGGAUGAUAUUAAGAGGCAGGAAGAAAGGGUUCUCGCUGCUAGGAAGAAAUUACAGGAAGCUUUGAAAGCUUAAAUUAAAAAAAAGUGAUUUUUUAUACAUUAUUUAUGACUAUUUUAUAAUAUUUCAUUUGUAAUUCAAUAAAUAGUAGGUUUAA